AUCAGAUUUGUAUAAAUAGCCGGUCGGGUGCUGACUGGAAAUUAUAACCACACCGUUUUCCAAAGCGACCAGUUCACCAUUAAAAUGUGCCGUCUUAGUUACACAUUGUUGGCCGGAGCCCUGAUGGUUCUGGCAAUGCUAUUCAAAGAAAGCAGCUGUUUCACUCUGCACCGAUUCGACAAUAUCAACAACGAACGCCGCGAAGAUUCCGCCGACGCCAACCCCGCGACGGCCACCGGCUCCGGCGAUGAACCGUCAUCCCAACAUCAAUUAUUCAAGCGCAGCGCUGCCGUCCUGCCGGCCCAGCAGCCUCAACUCACGGCGGCCGAGUGGCAACUCCUCUUGCAGCAGAUGAUCGGUCACCAUAUGGUCGACUCGUCCGACGAGUGGAUCCUCCGCCCAGCAGCCACCAACGUCGGAGGUGAAAUAAUCCCAUCGACUCGUCGUCAGCAGUUGGACUGGGAUGCCAGCGACGAGCUGGAACAAGACGAUGACGACUCGUGGAAGAACGUCGAGCUGCUCAAGAAACUGUUCGGAAAUUCUUGGGAGUCGGUCAAGGAUAUGCAGUUUGCUCACACGUCCACCGAGGACUUGAUUGAAGAUUGGAUUCGUAAUACGCAACUUCAAACUUUGGCGUGGGAUGAAAGGCACCACCCAUCAUCAUCUAAUAGCGGCUCAGCUGCAACACUUUAAUAGGAUAAAACCGCGCAAUAUUUCGUCUUCUUUUAUUGUUGUACAUAUAUGCCUGUGUGAUAUCCUAUUAUCGUUGUUGUACAGUCUGCUAUUGGGUGUAGACCGCCUGAGCACAUUCUCUUUAUGCAAAUGCACAUUCAAAUCUCCCGCGCACCAUUCGAAAAAAGAAUACAGAAAAUUCACGAAUU